GGGAAGACCAAGUGCGCAGGCUUAAUAUCUUAACAAGCCAGGUUGCAGUUAUUGCACAUAACGCUUUAUUAUGCUCCUCUUACUCUUGCUCACUGUUUGGGGAAGUAGCAGCGGCGUGGAGAGCCUCCCAUUGCCCGAAUCCGGUCCACAUUUGGCAAAUGACUGGGGACAAGUAGUCCGACUCCGACAUCUGUACGCCGCCAGACACGGCUUACAUCUGCAAAUAAACACCGAUGGGAAAAUAGGUGGAUCGCACCUGCAAAGUUCUCACAGUUUGGUUGAAAUAUCGCCUGUGGAAAGGGGCUGCGUUGCCAUCAAAGGGGUUGCAACCUCCCGUUUUCUCUGCAUGGAAGGGAACGGCAAAUUGUAUGGAUCGCACAUCUACACGAAGGAGGACUGCUCUUUUGUGGAACGAAUUCUACCAGAUGGCUACAACAUCUACAUCUCAGACAAACAUGGAGCGCUGGUAAAACUGGGUGGUGCUAAAAGCAAAUUGAAGAAUAAAGAUGGAACUGCUCAAUCCCAGUUCCUGCCAAUGGUGAACACACUAUUUCAGGAACCUACCAGUGACCACACAGGGAAACAUCACUCUCCCAUUGACCCAGAGCAGGACCAUCAGUUAGGACUUCAGAUAGACAGUAUGGACCCUUUUGGAACGAUCUCUCAAAUAGUGAUCCAGAGUCCCAGUUUCAACAAAAGAUGAGCAGAGAACCAGCACUUGUGGAUGUUCUAAGGAAACGACAUAGAGGUCCAGUUUCUCAUCCAGAAACCGAAGAUGCAGAGGAGGACUUUCAGGAAGAGAUAAAGAUGAUGUCAAGAGUCUAGUAAAGGCAUAUUCCACACUGGACACUGGGAAAAUGCAGCGUUAUAGACUGCAAACAAAGGCAAACCCACUCCACAUGUUAAAGUUUAACAAGUUCAGCCAUAAUGAUGCAUGAACAGCAGCUUUGAUUUAUUUAUUUGUCGAUAUCAAUGUUUUUGUUAUAACCUUGCUCAUUGUGUAUUGUCUAAAGCUUUACUAUUUACUAGCCUAAUCUAUAAUGCUCUGAAUGUAGUGAACACAUUUUAUUUGUAUCUAUUUUUUUUUUUUGUUUGAUCUAUUCUUUGUUAAUAUAUCAUCAUUAAUGAAUAAUAUACAGUAGUUAUUUGUUCUUACUAAAAGAGGACAUUGGUUUUUAGUAUGGACAAUUUACCCUUUGUGUUCCAUAAACAUAGACAGUGUGAAGAAGAUUACAAUCUGUAUUGAAGUACUGUGUUUUGCAACGUUGUGGCUCCCUCUGCUGGCGAACAAUCAAAUUGCAUUUUGAGAUUACACUGGCGAAUGGAAACUUUUAAGGGAAUAUUCCGUGUUCAGUACAAGUUUAGCUCAAUCCACUGCAUUUGUGACAAUGUUGAAUACCACAAAAAAUUAU